CGGUCCAGUUGAGGGACUCCUUGGUCAGCUCGGUGCGGGCUCCUCCUGUCAGGUUUCUUAGGAAGUGGAUUGAUCAGAAGAAACGGAGCAAUAUAUCUGACUUUUCAGAGCUUCUCCUGACGGGUGCUCCUGAGACAACUUAUCAUGCCUAGAGGCAACAAGAGCAAGGGCCGCUCCAGGGCCAAAAGGCAGCAGACUCGCGGAGAAAGCCAGAAUGCCCAGGGUCCCCAGCCCACUGUGGACGAGGAGGAGACAGCAACUCCCCCUUUUGCCCAGGGAGAUGCGCCCAGCUCCCCUGGUGUCGACACUCCUCAGGAGUCCCAGGAAGCUGCAUCCUAUGGCUCUCCUAAGUUAGAUGUGCCCUGCUUAGUUCAUGAUGUAGAUGCUGAGGGUUCUGAUGUUGGUGCUGAGGGUGCUGUUGUAGGUGAUGAGGGGAGAAGUGCACAUGCCUCCAAGAUAGCAGCUACGAUUCAAUCUGCACGCAGAGAUCCUCUGACCAGGAAGGCCAGUGUGUUGAUAGAGUUCAUGAUGGAAAAGUUUAAGGUGAAAGAGCCAUUCACACAAGCAGAUAUGCUAAGAGUUAUCAACAAGAAGUACAAGGUGCACUUCACUGAGAUCCUCAGGAGAAUCUCUGUGCGCUUAGAGUUGGUCUUUGGCCUUGAGUUGAAGGAAGUUGAUCCCAAUUCUCAAUCCUAUAUGCUUGUGAGCAAGCUGGGUCUCUCCACUGAGGGAAGUCUAAGUGGCAGUAGUGGGUUACCUAAGACAGGGCUCCUGAUGACCCUACUGGGUGUGAUCUUCAUAAAGGGGAACCGUGCCACUGAGGAAGAGGUCUGGGAAUUCCUAAAAGUAGUGGGGUUAUAUCCUGGGAAGAGUCAUGCAAUCUUUGGAGAGCCCCGGGAAUUUAUCACCAAAGAUUUGGUGGAGGAAAAUUAUGUGGUAUACUGUCGAGUUCCUGGCAGUGACCCCCCAAAAUAUGAGUUCCAGUGGGGUCCCAGGGCCUAUGCCGAAACCACCAAGAUGAAGGUCCUGGAGGUUGUAGCGAAGAUCAAUAAUACUUCCCCUAGUUUCUUCACUAGUAUGUAUGAGGAGGCUAUGAUUGAUGAGGCUAAUAGAGCAGCAAGGAGAGUUACAGCUGUGCCUGGCAGUGUUGUGGGUAUCAGGGAUGUCAGGGCUCAUCGCAGAGGCAUGGCCCAUAGCUCUUCUUCUAAGUAGUGGAAUGUGUUAUGAGCUGAACAUAAUAAAUUUGUAACUUAUUCUGUUACAUGAGAAAUUAUAAAUGCAUUUCCUUUGCUAUUUUGCAAAUGAUCCUUUAAUCAAGGAUUGGCUUGUUUAAUAAUCUGUUUUGUAACAUUGAGCUUACAUACAUAUUGCUGUUUUUCAUGUUUAAGAUGAAGAUUUGGCUAUUAUCAAACAAACUGGGAAAUCUUUAAACUGUUAAUGUGGUAGUAAAACAAUGAUUUUUCUAGUAAUGUGGUAUUGCUUGAUGGUGGAACAAAAGUGACAAGACUAAUUCAAAAUAGUUGUAUUUUAUUUUCUUGUAAUGCUAAUUGAAAUAAACUUGGAUUUUAAUACU